ACUCGUGAUUGAUGUAUGGAUUGCUUGUCGUUGCUUUGCUUCCAGUAAAGCAAUCAUCUCUCUUUCCACUUUAACGACUUUCGCAGCCAUUAGAGACCCCACAAAAGAUCUGUAAAUCUCAUUUAACCUUCAGAAUGGAAGAAAAAAUAGAGCAUCCAAUAAAGCUCCAUGUUCAUAAAGAAAAAGGACGCAUCUUAUUACUUCCCUUUCCUCCUCAUUGCAAGCAUUAGGUGAAAAAUGCAAUCUCUAACCCUGAACUGCUGCAACAUCUUGCUCCUCUUCCUCUUCUUCAGUCUCUUGGUUCACUUACCUCCAGCUCUCGGCAUUGAUGCCUGUCAGAAAUUUUGCGGAACAAUUUCAAUUGAUUUUCCAUUUGGUAUUGAUGAUGGCUGUGGCACCCCUGAUUAUCGAAAUAUGCUCAACUGCACCGCCGGAAGUCUCUUCUUCCAGACAGAUUCUGGCUCAUACAGAGUCAUUAGCAUCGACUAUAACAAGAAAACCAUGGUCAUAUUCGAUCCAGCAGCAUCCACGUGCAGUUCAUUACAGCCUCGAAAGGCUUUCACGAUGUCGGAUAUCCAGUAUUCUCUUAUCCCCCCAUCGCCAGAAACUGAAUUUGUUCUUUUAAAUUGCUCCAGUGACUCGCCAGUUUUGCACAGGUACUCGUCACUGUGCACCAACUUCUCCGGGCACUCUUGCAGUGAGAUCUAUGGAGCUUGUGGGGCUUACUGGAUGUUCCGGUCGAACAUCACUGGCAUUCCGCCUUGUUGCGCAACAGAUUAUACGACAUUGAGAUUCAUGGGGCUAGACAUAAUCGGAUGCUCCCAUUACACUACAGUGUACAAUGCGGAUGGCUUGAGAGGACUAAGUCCCUUGGAUUGGCCAUUUGGGAUCGAGCUCACUUAUGCAGUGCCAGAGGGAACAUGUGCAGAAUGUCGGAGGUCUGGAGGCACGUGCGGGUUCGAUUCACAGACUGAUCGCUUGUUGUGCCUGUGUUCGCCUGCCCUUAACACCACACAUGACUGUGGUAAUUUACCUGGAGUAGGAAGAGGAAGAAAAGCUAAGGGACGGAUCUGUUUGCAGACUUUUGCUUUGAUUUUGACGUUUUCUCUUCUUGCGAUGCUGUGAAAUACUUUUUUCAUUUUAUCAA